AUGGCCACCCAAACCCCCGAGUUUCAAACGGCUGUCGUUGACAGCAAAAAGCUGACGUCCAAGCCGAACAACGAGGACCUCCUUGCGAUCUACGCCCUGUACAAGAUCGGCACCGGUGAGGACAUUACAACCGCGGCCAAGCCUGGCGUGUUCGACCUAAAGGGCAAGGCUAAGUAUAACGCCUGGAAAGCCGAAGUGGACGAGGGCACAACGCCCGAGCAGGCGCAGGAGAAGUACGUCGCUAAGGUCGAGGAGCUGAAGGAGAAAUAUGGAUACGACGCGGCCAAGGAACCUGAGGCGGUCGGGGCGCAAUAG